AAGAAGAAUCCGGAACUGUAGAAGGUGCUGAUCGUUUAAUCGAAAGUAAAAAUGUCCACAGUGGAGUUUCUGAUAAACUUUGUCAACGAGCGGCUGUCUGCCGCCGUGGAUGAAAUUUUCACGGUGUUUGAAAACACGAUCGUCAAAUACGAGCAGGACAUCGAGCGGCAGCGCAGGCUGCUGGAGAGCUUCUGGAAGCCGGAGAUCAAGCUCCACAGGAUCGACCACCCACAGCUCCACGUCACUGCAGCAGAGAAGGUUCUUCCUAACAAGCAUCUCUGUAACCAGGAGAGGAACUGCAGCCUGAACCAGGAGGAACCAGGGCCUCCUCAUGUUAAACAAAAACAUAAGAAACUGUUGUCCAAUCAGGAAGAACCAAAGCGUCCACAGAUCAAAGAACAGCACAAACUCAGGAGGGAGGGAGUGCAGUCGGCACUGAAGCGUCACACCGAGAGCUUUAUGGUGACUCCUGUUUAUGAGGAACAUAGAGAACAGGAACCAAACGAUGGCCAGAUUCUCUUUCACAACUCCCCAAACUGGAGUCUGAUAGGAAGCAAGCAUGUGAGGUCAGGAUCAGCCGCAAACGUGGACGAGAAACAAAGAAGGAAGCGCAGAAGAAAGGGCAAUGAAAGAAACUGUGUAGAAAACUCUCACACAUCCAAGAGUCAGCAUAAAAAAAUCUGCAAAAUGUGAAGUGGGUAAAAAAAAAACCACUUUAUGAAAAAGUCCCAAAUGCUGAAGCUUCCCAGGAUCCGCACACGUGAAGCUGAACACGUGUGACACAUAGUUGUAGGUUGUAAAUUGUCACGCCACACAAGAAGUUGUGUUCAAGCAAGAUUUGCACUAAAUGUCACAGAAAUACAGCAAAUGUGUAUUUCAGGCUGCAAGAAAGCUGCACGAAUACAACACCUGCUGGGAAACAAGGCGAGCUGACAGCGUGAAACAAGCGUUUGGAAGCCCACAGAGAUCACAGUGGGUUUAGCUGCAUGCUGGAAAAGGCUCAGAGUGUCCACAUUAGAACCCACAGGCUGUGCUUUCUCAGGCCUGUGAGAAAUGAUUUAAACGUGAGCUGCCUUACCCCGUCACACCUGUGGGGAAGGAUUUAUCAUUAUAUAAAUAUCUUUGGGGAAAAAUCUGUUUUGAUGUCAGUCACAAGCAUUUCAUAAGUUUCAAAGAGUUUUAUUUGCAAAUAAACUGCUGAACGAGUCGGUGUUUACAGAGGCAACGUGUGCUGGAUCUCAGCUUCUGGGUCAAAUCCUGAUUGUUGCUGAUCCGUUCCUGCUUUAUCACAGCUCCAGGAUCAGUUUGUGAGCUUCUGCUCUUCCACCUGCUUUUUAAGGUUUGACCAAACUGUCACUACGAUGACAAUCUGAACGUUUUCCAGCAUAUCGUUAUACAAGAAAGUGAUAACCAAGUCGCUCGAAGGAGAAUCAAAUGAACAUUUUGGAUCUGUGGCCAGGAAACUCCUGUGAUUUACAUACAUUUGAUUUAUUUGGCAAUAAAAUUCUUUUAAACAUGUGAAAUGUUCCCGAUGGUUCUCGAAUACAUCAUAAAAUCAUGUAAAACAGCAAAUUUGUGCCAGUAAAAAAAAACUUUUGACCAAGUCUGUAAAUGCAGAUUAACAGCGUGCUGUGAGGCCAUCUUUGAGUUUCUUUGAGAUCCUGGAGGAAAAGCUUACACAUUUACACCACGUGUGUAGUUCCUGAUGUCAAUGUUAGAAACAGAUUAGAAACAGAUUGUAAAUAUUCUGUUCUUUUUUUGUUUUGUUUUAAUAAAUGAGGUGAAUUAAAGACAGAAGCUCUAAAUUCUAAAUAAUGAGUUUGCUAUUGAGUAAUCGUGCAUGUCCUUUCAGCUGUUUUUAUUUUAUUAAUCAUGUAAAAAUGCAUUAGUUGUACACAGAUUGAUACGUCUGAUGUUUUGAAGAUGUUUUAUCAUCUUUCCAUUGUUCAGAUUUUUUAAAGUGACACUCGAGUUCUGGAUGUUUUCUUUAAUAAAUGAUUCACAAACCAACAGUCGGCUCUCUGGGAUCCUUCAUCGCACUCGCGAGCGCUUAAGUCAAACAUGGCGUCUCCUGCUGUUUCAUCACUAAGCCCACGUUUAGAGACGUUUUGCUGUGCCCUCCAUGUGAGAAACAGCUCAUCGUUCGUUGGACACUCAGCAGCUUUAUUCUUGUGAAGCUCAGAUUGAAAUGUUGUUUUGACUAAUAGAUAGCAGGGGGCGCCUCCUCACGUGCAAAAGGAAGCAAGAAAAUGAACCUGCUAUUCUCUUGACCUCUGACCUCAGUAAAUAAUUUCCUGAUGAGUUUGUCACUUGGUAGUUUCAGCUUACACACACACAGGUGUUAGGUUCACAGUGGAUUUGUUUCAUAAUACUGUGGCUGAGCUCCAUUUGAGCUGUCAGGGCAUUCGUGUAAAUAGACGUACAUUUACUGUCUGACUGUGUGGAGCUCAUCUUACAUGGUGACACACUGGGUUAGCUGUUAUCUGCCUGUUUGCUCCGCUCUUCUCCUCGUCUGUCUCAGGUGUCCUGUAGGUCUCCUCUCUCCUGCUCUGCUCAUAAAAAGGACGUAACAAUAUCACAUUGAAAUCCAACAAAUCUGUGGUGAUUCCUGGAGGUGCUGGAGUUUCUUCCUUUGGAAAUUUUGCAUCAGAUUUUUAAGAGUCACUUUUCAACCUUCUUCAUUACGUCAUGGUUGAACUUCUUUGAUUGUGAUGUGUUGAGUCUACA